AUGUCGGAGACUUUCGAGUUCCAGGCUGAGAUUUCUCAGCUUCUCUCCCUCAUCAUCAACACAGUCUACUCCAACAAGGAAAUCUUCCUACGAGAGUUAGUUUCCAACUGCUCAGAUGCUCUCGACAAGAUUCGAUAUGAGGCCCUAUCAGACCCGAGCAAGCUCGAGUCAAACAAGGACCUCCGUAUCGACAUCAUUCCCGACAAGGAGAACAAGACCCUGACCAUCCGUGAUACCGGUAUUGGUAUGACGAAGGCCGACCUUGUCAACAACUUGGGUACUAUUGCCCGAUCAGGCACUAAGCAAUUCAUGGAGGCCUUGACCGCUGGUGCUGAUGUUUCCAUGAUUGGUCAAUUCGGUGUCGGUUUCUACUCUGCAUACCUCGUGGCCGACCGGGUCACCUUCAUCUCUAAGCACAACGAUGAUGAGCAGUACAUCUGGGAGUCGUCUGCCGGUGGUACCUUCAGCGUCAAGCCUGACACUGAAGGUGAGCCUCUUGGCCGUGGUUCCAAGCUGAUCCUCCACUUGAAGGAUGAGCAGACUGAGUACCUCAACGAGAGCAAGAUUAAGGAGGUUAUCAAGAAGCACUCCGAGUUCAUCUCGUACCCUAUCUACCUUCACGUAAAGAAGGAGACCGAGAAGGAGGUUCCUGAUGAGGAGGCCGAGGAGACUGAGGAAGUCGAAGAGGGCGAUGACAAGAAGCCCAAGAUUGAAGAAGUUGACGACGAGGACGAGAACAAGGAGAAGAAGAAGAAGACCAAGAAGGUCAAGGAGACUUCCAUCGAGGAGGAGGAGCUCAACAAGCAGAAGCCUAUCUGGACCCGAAACCCCCAGGACAUCAGCCAAGAGGAGUAUGCUGCCUUCUACAAGUCCCUGUCCAACGACUGGGAGGACCACUUGGCUGUCAAGCACUUCUCAGUCGAAGGCCAGCUCGAGUUCCGAGCUAUCUUGUUCGUACCCAAGCGUGCUCCCUUUGACCUCUUCGAGACCAAGAAGACCAAGAACAACAUCAAGUUGUAUGUCCGCCGUGUCUUCAUCACCGAUGAUGCCACCGAUAUCAUCCCUGAGUGGUUGAGUUUCAUCAAGGGUGUUGUCGACUCUGAGGAUUUGCCUCUGAACCUGUCUCGUGAGACCCUACAGCAGAACAAGAUCAUGAAGGUCAUCAAGAAGAACAUUGUCAAGAAGGCUCUCGAGCUCUUCACCGAGAUUGCCGAGGAUAAGGAGCAGUUCGACAAGUUCUACAGUGCUUUCUCUAAGAACUUGAAGCUUGGUAUCCACGAGGACUCCCAGAACCGACAGAUCCUUGCCAAGCUUCUGCGAUUCAGCUCUACCAAGUCUGGCGACGAGCAGACUUCUCUGGCCGACUACGUUACCCGCAUGGCUGAACACCAGAAGAACAUUUAUUACAUCACCGGCGAGUCUAUCAAGGCUGUCUCCAAGUCUCCCUUCCUGGAUGCUCUUAAGGAGAAGAACUUCGAGGUUCUCUUCUUGGUUGACCCCAUUGACGAGUAUGCUAUGACUCAAUUGAAAGAGUUCGAGGGCAAGAAGCUCGUUGAUAUUACCAAGGACUUCGACCUUGAGGAGACUGAGGAGGAGAAGAAGGCCCGUGAGGCCGAAGAGAAGGAGUUCGAGGGCCUUGCCAAGUCGUUGAAGAACGUCCUCGGCGACAAGGUUGAGAAGGUCGUUGUAUCUCACAAGCUGGUUGGCUCUCCUUGUGCCAUCCGAACUGGCCAGUUUGGCUGGUCUGCCAACAUGGAGCGUAUCAUGAAGGCCCAGGCUCUCCGCGAUACCUCUAUGAGCAGCUACAUGAGCUCCAAGAAGACCUUUGAAAUCUCCCCCAAGUCCCCCAUCAUCAAGGAGCUUAGGAAGAAGGUUGAGGCUGACGGCGAGAACGACAAGACUGUCAAGUCCAUUGUCCAGCUUUUGUUCGAGACCUCCCUGCUCGUCUCCGGCUUCACCAUUGAGGAGCCCGCCGGCUUUGCGGAACGCAUCCACAAGCUGGUGUCCCUGGGCUUGAACCUCGAUGAGGAGCCCGAAGUUGAGGAGGUGCCAGCUACUGCUGACACUGUUGCCGCCGAGACUGGCGACAGCGCCAUGGAGGAGGUUGACUAA